AUGAGUUCGGGGGAAAUCUACUGGCAGAACGAGAUGCUGCCCCAGCAGCCAAAUCAGCAGACACAUGGUGAUGUCUCCCGUCAGACGCUACUCUCCACCCUGGAUACCGUAGUCGACAGCCUCAUCCACAGCCGUCAGGCCCUUCGACUUCCCCCGCAUGCCCAUCGCACCAGUCGUGUACAGAAAGCCGAUUCGCGGCGUAGCACGUCGGAGCACCAGCGUCUGCUGCUCACCCACGCCGAUCAGCAGCGUCUCCUCGAGAUGAUCAAGAAUGCGAUCACGCCGUACUACCAGCGCCCGGCGGCUGCAGCUGCCGCGACGUCGACCGUCCCUCCCGCGAUGGCCCCAUCCCUUUCCGGUGGUCCGUCCCGAUUUGAGCGUGGACCGCAUGCUGAUGAGUGUCGCGCCAAGCAGAUUCCCGUCCAGCCGGACCCGUCGUGCUUCUGCGGUGGGCCGAAUCGUCCAUCGCCCGGUGCCGAUAUGCCAAAUUGGGAGACGGAGAAGGGCAGGGCCAAGGCCCGUGAUGCUCGAGUCCCUCGUCAGUACGAUCGCCAUGGGGCUGUCACCGCGUGGAACCGCUACUACGAGCGCCCCCGCCCCGGUGGCUACGCGCGCGAUGGUGGAGGCGCGAUGGCGGCCGUGCAGCUGCCUCCUCAGCAGCCGCCCGUCAACCCAAGCGACAAUCUCUUCUACGGGGCUGUCGAGGUGGAGGCGAACGUGGCGAUCGCCGUGAAGAACCUGCUGAAGGCGCGCACCUGCAUGCGGAACGUUCACUUUGCCGUCGGCUCGCUGUUCCCCGCCUCGGCCACGUAUACGGACGACAUUGGGAAGAUGCAGCAGCAGCUGAAGGCGUUCAACACCCAGUUCCGCUACCUUAACACCAAGGUCAACGAGGUCGGCGAAGCUCUCGGCUGGCCCUCGUCAAGCUGCCGCCCGUGCCGCUGGUGGUCCGCCGUCGGCCUUCGAAAAGCCGCCGAACCAGAUGCACAACCGCCAGCCGUCGUGCGAACCUACCCGUUGACGUCCCGCUACUUGAAUCCGCUCGCCAUCACCCAAUCAAUGGAUCUCUUCCCGCCCCUUCUUGAUCAUCUCCUCCUCCGAGUUGCACCGAACCCCGAAAAAUGGCCCUCU